AUGGAAGAACUGUUUAAAGGUGAUAAGGGAUCUAGAGGCAAAGCGGGUGCUAAUGGUAAUCAAGGCAACGCUAGUGAAAAAGGAGAGAAAGGUGAAAGAGGCGACAAUGGACUUAUAGGACCAAUUGGCAGACAGGGCGUUAAAGGCGAAAAAGGAAACAAUGGUUUUGUAGGAUCAAAAGGUCAAAUUGGAGAUAAAGGAACAAUUGGUGAAAAGGGAUCAACAGGGAUAAAAGGUCGAAACGGAGAAAAAGGCAUAAAAGGCAAAAAUGGACCAAUGGGAGAUAGAGGCGUAACAGGCGAAAAAGGAUCAAUGGGAGAUAAAGGCGUAACAGGCGAAAAUGGACCAAAUGGAGAUAAAGGAACAGUUGGUGAAAAAGGACCAACAGGGAAGAAAGGACCAAUUGGAGAAAAAGGCGAAAAAGGAACAAUCGGAGAUAAAGGCCCAGAUGGUGCAAAAGGUCUAGACGCAGAAAAGGGUGUAGCUGGCGUUAAAGGUACAGAGGGUCAAAAGGGUUCAAAGGGCGAGAUGGGAUCAUCUGGCAUAAUUGGUCCUACCGGAAACAAAGGUGUAAAUGGUACAAAGGGAGUCACUGGUGUUAAAGGUCAAAUGGGGGAAACUGGACUACCUGGCUUGAAAGGUGAACACGGCGAAAAGGGUAUCAAUGGAGACAUGGGUACUACAGGACAGAAAGGUGCAUUUGGUUACAAUGGUCAAAGUGUUCAAUUAUAUACAACUCGUUUAAGGUCAGGACAAUUUCAAUAG